AUGCGCUUAACACAAGUUUUAAACCGACAUCAUAUCGGUUUUAUGUUUAAAAAGCAUUGGUUAAUUCAAGGUAAACGUGUACCCAUUGAUACAGGCAUUGAGGAAAAAUUAAAAGCUCAAGGUAUCCAAGUAGAAGAUGCUCUAGAAUUUAUUAAGGAGAAACCUAAACAAGAAAAAGUUGAAAUUGUUGGGCCUUAUGAACCGUCUAUUCCAUUAGAUGAAAACCAUCCAGAUUACAAACAACGCCCAUGUUACACAUUAAAAAACACGAAUGUUCUUCUCCAAGGUAUCUCACAAGCUCAGGUUCUAACAAAAACAAUAAUAGCUGAUAAUAGAUUGCCUCCAAAAAUAGAAGAGCUGGCAGAAGUGGCGGCACCUGCUGCAAUUCACGAGAAUAUAAAGAAAGCAAUACUUUCUGCAAAUGUGUUUGAUCCAGAACAAAAAAAGCUGCCAAAAAUCAAAGAUCCAGUAAGACCUGCAUACAACUUUCCAAGAGUACUUGGCAUCAGUGACAGGAGGAGAAAUGAAAUUCUUACAAAUAAAUUACUGCAGCUUGUUGAGAAGAGCAGUGAUACUGAGGUGACACAAUCCAGAUAUGUGGUGAAUGAUGUAGAAUGCCACUCAGUGUUUGAUAAAGAAGAUGACCUCAUUCAGUUUCAAGAGAUUUCUAAUAUACUAGUGACUAGCAGCAAGCCUGUAAAACAUGAUACAGAAAAGGAUGUAACAUUUAAUGACAUUCCAAACCUGUAUCCUAUCAAAUACACUAUCACAUUACCAAAGGAGCACUUCUACAGUGAGUCAAGCAAAUACCCAUUCCGUCCUACUGUGAAUGUAAGACAUCCACACACAACUUGGUUGCAUUAUAAUCACACUGAAGUUAACAACAACUAUGAAACUCCAGUGACUCAAGAACAAAUCCUUGGCAGAUCACUUACACAUGCGUUUACAGUUGCCAGUGCUUAUGCCAAGCAGCUGCAUGGGGAAGAUGUAAAGGACCUACCAGAACCUGUAUAUAUUAAUUGCAUACAAACAGAUGGGCGGCAGUAUCACUUUGGAGUCCUUGAGCUAAAUACACUAAAUGUAGAUGGUACAGAAGGCACCAAGAAUGUGUGGUACAGCAAAAAUAAUCUACAAUUAUAUGAAUCUAGUUGUUACUUUGGUGGUAUGCCUGCAUUAGAAAAUUAUAACAACAAAGUUUAUGGAUAUAUUAAUGCUUUAUACAACUGUUAG